AUGGCUGGUCCGCGAAUUGCUUGCAUUGGAGUCAUUGGGAAAACAGACAAUCCCCUCCACAUCUCUCUAUUUCCUCCAUACACAGAUGCCACCAUUGAAUUCUCCUUCUUGCUUAACUCCUGUCUCGACAUCUUCGAAAUUAGGCGCAAGCAAACCUCUAUAGACCAGGACCUCGGUCUAUUACAUGCGAUUGACGAAAGGCUUGCCGCCUACGGCUGGCUGACGACAACUGGGGUGAAGCUACUGAUCAUCGUGGAUAUGUUCGGCCAGGAAUCCGUGAGUGCAGGAAAGCCAACCGGGCCUGCGGUCAGCGGCCUGAGGGAUUCUGAUCUGAAGCCGGCGUUCCGAGCAUUGCAAAGUGCAUACAUCCAGCUUUUACAAAAUCCCUUCUAUUCCCCAGACGACCAUGCGCCAACACCCGGAGCGACUGCAGGCGCAGCCUCCGCUUGCCAACCCGUCUCUAAUCCGAAGUUCAUAGCAGAUGUACAACGCAUUGGUGAAUCGUGGGCCCCUGGGACCGCUCUGUAG